UCCGCGAGGGUGUGGACGUCGGCGGGCGGCUCGCUCGGCAAGCAGCGUUCAUUCUAUGCGAAACGCAGAAGAACACCGCUCUCAACAACUCCCGAGGCAUAUCUACUUGUAUUUCACUGCGAUAAAUCUGCAUUUCAGGCUGGUGCGAGCGCCGCUCCGAGGUCCUGCAAUCGUGUCCCUCACUGCCCCUAACGAGGGACGGAUGAAACCUCCGUCUCGCCGCUUCAGCUCCGCGUCGCGUCGCUGAGGUUAACGUCGGACGUCCCCGAGAUGGACGACAUCUUCACGCAGUGUCGAGAAGGCAACGCGGUGGCCGUGCGCCUGUGGCUGGACAACACGGAAAAUGACCUCAACCAAGGAGACGACCACGGCUUCAGCCCUCUGCACUGGGCGUGCCGGGAGGGUCGGUCCAGCGUGGUGGACAUGCUCAUCAUGCGAGGCGCCCGCAUUAACGUCAUGAACCGCGGGGACGACACGCCCCUGCACCUGGCCGCCAGCCAUGGACAUCGAGACAUUCUGGGCAAGCUGAUUCAGUGCAAAGCAGACACCAACGCAGCCAAUGAACACGGGAACACGCCGUUGCAUUACGCCUGCUUCUGGGGACAAGACCUGGUGGCAGAGGACCUCGUGAACAACGGGGCUCAGGUGAGCAUCUGUAACAAAUACGGCGAAACUCCCCUGGACAAAGCCAAACCUCACCUGCGAGAGCUUCUCAGAGAAAAAGCUGAGAAAAUGGGACAGAACUUGACCAAAAUCCCCUUCAAGGACACUUUUUGGAAAGGCACCACCAGAACUCGACCCCGUAAUGGUACUUUGAACAAACAUGCAGGCAUCGACUAUAAACAGCUCUCUCUCCUGGCGAGAAUAAACGAGAACCAUUCUGGAGAGCUGUGGCAAGGGCGUUGGCAAGGCAACGAGAUCGUGGUCAAAGUGCUGAAGGUCCGCGACUGGACCACAAGGAAAAGCAGAGACUUCAACGAGGAGUAUCCCAAACUCAGGAUCUUUUCCCACCCAAAUGUCCUCCCCAUGUUGGGAGCAUGUCAGUCUCCACCAGCCCCUCACCCCAUCAUCAUCACACACUGGAUGCCUUACGGCUCCCUCUACAACGUGCUGCACGAGGGCACCAACUUUGUGGUGGACCAGACGCAAGCGGUCAAGUUUGCCCUGGACAUUGCCUGCGGGAUGGCCUUCUUGCACACGCUGGAGCCCAUGAUCCCCCGCCACUAUCUGAACAGCAAGAGCAUCAUGAUCGAUGAAGACAUGACAGCCAGAAUCAGCAUGGCGGACGUCAAGUUCUCCUUUCAGUGUCCUGGCAGGAUGUACUCGCCCGCUUGGGUUGCCCCUGAGGCCCUGCAGAAGAAGCCAGAGGAGAUCAACCGGCGGUCGGCCGACAUGUGGAGCUUCGCCGUGCUGCUCUGGGAGCUGGUGACCAGGGAGGUGCCCUUUGCGGACCUCUCCAACAUGGAAAUCGGCAUGAAGGUUGCCUUGGAGGGCUUGAGGCCCACCAUUCCUCCCGGCAUCUCGCCACACAUCUGCAAGCUGAUGAAGAUCUGCAUGAACGAGGACCCGGCCAAGAGGCCCAAGUUUGACAUGAUCGUGCCUAUUCUGGAGAAAAUGCAGGACAAGUGAAAAGAGCGGAACGUUGACCCUCCCCGGGAUGUUCCCUUAAACUAUUUUUUAUUACCGCCGCAUUGAGCACCGCCACCACUACAGUCAAGCAGCAGUCAUUGUUUAUUUUUCUUGUCUAAGUGUGUGUGUUUUUGUUAUUGUGUGUCAUGUUGACUGUAAUCAUAUGGACUGAAUACACUGACGAACCUGUGGAGAAUAUCGACGGGUUUAUUUAGGAUCCGAAUGGUCUUUAAAUAUGCUAAAGGCGGGUCUUAUCUCAACGUGAGUUGCCGCUCAGCAUUUUGCAAAGCGUGACAAAACAUUUCUGCGUGUAAUGAUGAGUAAAGCUAUUUUUAAAGUAACUCAUGUUUCCCAUUCAGCUAUUAGGGAAAAUAUUUGUGUCCAUUUAUUUUUUAUGUCUCAUUGAAAAUCUAGCCCAAAUGUGCUUGUAAUUCUUAAUUCUAUGUCUAAAAGUGCCUGAGAUUGAACUUGUUUAAUUGAUGAAUUGUGGCCACCGAAGAGAGAACAAAUAGUGUACUUGCUGUAUAUCAUCAGUCAUGUCUUUUUAUUCAUUGCAUCCUACACGCCAUUAUUAUUAUUAUUAUUAUAUUUUCGCUGAUCUUCUACUUUAAUCACACACUCGUCUAUUGUCUUUUCUGUGCCUCCAUCAGCUUGCUUGUUUGCGUCCAAGCCAAAAUCAAAAGCAACCUAUACAAAUGUAUGUAUUUAUAUAUAUAAUAUGAAUAUAUUAAAUGGAAAAGUAUG